GUCUUCUCCUUCCUCACUCCUCUCUGAGCUCUCUCAACAAUGGCUUCCAUUAUCAAUGGCAGCAGCUGUAGAAGAAGAAGAAGAGCAUCGAAGCUCAUCUUCUCAGCCAUUCCAUUCUCAUGCCUGCUUCUCCUUCUCUUCUUCCUCUUCUCCUCCUCCUCCUCCUCAAUAAGGAAGCCAUUCUCCACCACCACCAAUCCCCAUCUCCACCUCCAUCACCACUCCCACUUCGAAACCAUAAACACAGCCAAAGCCCAUUGCCAUGGCACGCUCUACCAAGACCUCUGCGUCUCCUCCCUCUCCUCCAUUCCCAACCUCGCCUCCAAAACCAUACCCCAAAUCAUCUCCUCCCUCAUCAACCGGACCACCUCCGAGGUCUAUGACUCUUCUCGUAACUGCUCCAACUUCCUCCGCCGCCGCCACCUCGAUCUCCGCCAACAAGUCGCCCUCACCGACUGCCUCGAGCUCUUCGACGACACCAUCGACGCCUUCCGCACCGUCCUCUCCGACCUCCGCAUCAACGCUUCCUCUCACAAAGACGACAUAGAGUCAUUCCUUAGCUCCGCCAUUGCCAACCAGUUCACUUGUUUAGACGGCUUUUCUCACGUCCUCGACGGUAGCCUCCGCCCGAAGAUCGAACGCAAGCUCCGCCACAUCUCCCACCUUGUCAGCAACUCCCUCGCCAUGGUUAGAAGGAUUUCAAAGAGAAAGAAAAGAAGGGAAGCACUAGAAGGGUAUGGUAGGAUAGUCAGAGGCUUCCCGGAGUGGAUCAAAUCCGGUGACCGGAAACUCCUACAGUCUGCCGGAAAUACAACGAAUGCCAAUAUAGUGGUGGCCAAGGAUGGCACUGGGAACUUCACUACCAUCGGAGAUGCCAUUGCGGCAGCGCCGAACAAAUCUAAGACGAGGUUCAUUAUCUAUAUCAAAGCCGGUGCUUAUUUUGAGAACGUCGAGGUUAACAAGUCCAAGACCAACUUGAUGUUCAUCGGCGACGGCAUUGGCAAGACUGUCAUCAAGGCUAACCGGAGUGUCGCCCAAAAUUUUACCACUUUCCGGUCAGCCACUCUUGCUGUGUCUGGUGCUGGAUUCCUGGCCAAAGGGAUAACAGUGGAGAACUCAGCCGGGUAUGAAAAUCAUCAAGCAGUGGCAAUGAGGAGUAGCUCUGAUUUAUCGGCGUUCUAUCUAUGUAGCUUCGUUGGCUACCAAGACACACUCUAUGUUCACUCACUCCGGCAGUUCUACAGAGAAUGUGAUAUAUAUGGUACUGUAGAUUUCAUCUUCGGUGAUGCUUCGGUGAUUUUUGAGUUCUGUAAUCUCUAUGCGAGGAAACCAGGUCCAAAACAGAAGAACAUCUUUACAGCACAAGCAAGAGAGGAUCCAAAUGAGAACACUGGCAUUGUUCUACACAAGUGUAAGAUUGCUGCAGCUGAAGACCUUAUUCCAGUGCAGUCAAGUGUGCUAUCUUAUCUUGGCCGGCCAUGGAGGGAGUAUUCAAGGACAGUGAUUAUUAGGUCAAAUAUUGGUAGUUUGAUUGAUCCUGCUGGAUGGUUGGAGUGGAAUGGAACCUUUGCAUUGAGUACUCUUUACUAUGCAGAGUGUGAGAACAGGGGACCUGGAUCUAAUACUACUGACAGAGUCAAAUGGCCUGGCUAUAGAGUGAUUAAUUCCACUGAGGCCAGUCAAUUCAGUGUCGCUAAUUUCAUUAAGGGUGGUGAAUGGCUGGGAAUUACCACCUUCCCAUUCAUGUUGGGCUUGUGAACUUCUUUAUUCCAUUUUUCUUUUUCUUUUUAAUUUACCACGUUUAGUUAUUUCGAUGAAUAAAAUUGCAUUUAUCUUGAAUCA